GAGGUGCUCAGGGUGAGAAGGGGUAGUGAUGAGCCCUCUUGAUUUGGACCCCUCUGGGGGGCACAGCCUGGGGGCACCCAGGAGGAGGAGAGGAGAGGUGUGCUGGGAUGUGGGAGGCAGGUCCUCACCAGCCCAAUGGUCAGGUUGCGGCGUUCCUGCCAUCAGACCGGUGCUGAGCUUCCGCCAGAGGAUUGUCAAUGGGGAGAAUGCAGUGCUGGGCUCGUGGCCCUGGCAGGUGUCCUUGCAGGACAGCAACGGCUUCCACUUCUGCGGUGGUUCCCUCAUCAGCCAGUCCUGGGUGGUCACUGCUGCCCACUGCAAUGUUGUGCCAUCACGCACCCUUUCUGGAACCCCACCACCAUGAACAACGAUCUGAUGCUACUAAAGCUCGCCUCCCCAGCCCAGUACACAACACGCAUCUCACCAGUUUGCCUGCCUUCCUCAAAUGAGGUGCUGCUUGAAGGCCUCACAUGUCACCGCUGGCUGCAGCCGCCUCAGCGGUGUGGGGUGACUCUGGAGGCCCGCUUGUCUGCCAGAAGGGGGACACGUGGGUGCUCACUGGUAUUGUCUCCUGGGGCACCAAUGACUGCAACGUGCGCGCGCCUGCCACGUACACUCGGGUUAGCAAGUUCAGUACCUGGAUCAAUCAUAGCCUACAACGGAGCCCACCACAGGCCCUCUUCCCAUCUCAGUCCAAUAAAGACCCCAGGCUCUGUCCUCUUGUGUGUUGAGGAGUCAGGAUCCUCCUAG